CCACCAUCGAACUUCGCGGCAGCAACGUUUGUUUAUUUGCUUUCCCCCUCUCACCUUUAUACGCCUCAUUACGCGCACUCAAUCCUCCUGUUCUCCAAACCAAGAAGAUGCCCAAAUCCUCCCCGUGCGUAUUCCCAAGGUCAUUCCUGUGGUUGGCAUCUUUAGCUACUUUGGUGGUGCAAUCGGUGCUCUCUUCGUCCUACUCUUCUUCAUCCUCAUCUACAUAUCAGAGAUCUGCAACCGGUGGGACGCGGCCGGGCUUUAUGGAGAGGACGCUGGUUCUCCUGGAUGUCAACACCCGCAGUCCGAUCCGAGUCGUCAACGACAACUUCCUUUCUCUACAGCUGGACCCCUCGAUCAUCAAAGACGGCUGGCUGGACUUUCUGAGCUCCAAGCGGCUCGUGACCCUCGCGCGCGGCCUGUCUCCGGCCUUUUUGCGUUUUGGUGGAAAACGAACCGACUUCCUGCAGUUCAACAACCAGAAGAACCUCGCCAAGUUCAGAGGGCCGGGGCCAGACUACUACCUGAAGAACUACGAAGACGAUAUAGUGCGCAGCGACAUUGCAUUGGACGAGCAGAAGGGCUGCAAACUGGCCAACCACCCGGACAUAAUGCUGGAGCUGCAGAGGGAGAAAGCUGCCACCACGCAGCUGGUCCUGCUGAAAGAGCAGCUGUCCAACAUCUACAGCAACAUUACGAUAACAGCCAGGUCUUUAGACAAACUGUACAAUUUUGCCGACUGUGCUGGUCUGCACCUGAUCCUGGGGCUCAACGCGCUGCACAGAAACCCAGACAACUCCUGGAACACCUCCUCCACCCUGAGCCUCCUCAAGUACGGCGCCGGCAAGAAGUACAACAUCUCCUGGGAGCUGGGCAACGAGCCUAACGCCUACCGCAGCAUGGUGGGCCGUGCGGUCAACAGCACCCAGUUGGCACAGGACUACAUCAAGCUGCGGACCCUGCUGCAGUCUGUACGAUACUACCACCGAGCUCACCUCUACGGCCCCAAUGCAGGACGACCCCGCAAGAACGCCAUCCUGCUGCUGGACGGGUUCAUGAAGAACGCUGGCUCUGCUGUAGAUGCAGUUACGUGGCAACAUUAUUACAUGGAUGGCAGAGUGAACAAAGUGGAGGACUUCCUAAAAACUCGUCUGUUGGACACGCUGACCGAGCAGAUCACGAAAGUCACUAAGGUUGUGAACACACAUACUCCCGGUAAGAAGGUGUGGCUGGGUGGACUGGGGCCGGCGUGGGCCGGAGGCCUCAGUAAUCUCUCUGACACAUACGCUGCUGGCUUUCUGUGGGUGAACGCGCUGGGUAUGGCUGCUGCGCAAGGGAUUGAUGUUGUCUUGCGUCACUCAUUCUUUGACUACGGAUACACUCACCUCGUGGACCAGAACUUCAACCCUUUACCCGAUUAUUGGUUCUCUCUGGUCUUCAAGCGUCUGGUGGGUCCGAGGGUUCUGGCCGUGCAGGUGGCCGGGCUGCAGAGGAAGCCGCAGCCCGGACGAGUCAUACGAGACAAGCUGCGUAUCUACGCCCACUGUACCAGCUACUACAAUCAUAACUAUGUGAGAGGGUCCAUAACGAUCUACAUCAUCAACCUGCAUCGGUCGAGAAAGAAAAUCAAGCUGGCGGGGACCUUACGGAACAAUAUGGUCCAUCAGUACCUGCUGCAACCUUACGGCACGGACGGACUCCGAGCCAAGUAUGUCCUGCUGAAUGGGGAGAAGCUGCUCAUGGUGGACAACGAGACGUUCCCAGAGUUGAAGCCCAAGACAUUGAGAGCUGGACGGACGAUAGCCAUGCCUCCCAUGACCGUCGGCUUUUACGUCAUCAAAAACAUUAACGCAUACGCCUGCCGGAGAUAGCGCCGACCCACGGACCGUCUGCCAGUUUCACCCAAAGCUUAAAAAAAUGGUUUGGUUCUUAAAUUCUUUUCCACCUCGCUGGGAAGCACAGGGAGGUCAGGACAACACUCUGUUAGGGUUGUCUUGCUCAAGGACACUUCAGUAGAGUGUACACUCGGCCUGAUUUCAGUACAGUCCUCUAGUUUAACAACCUCUCCAAUCACUAUUUCAAUAUUAAUGUUUAGAUUACAAAUGAACCCAGACUUCUCCUCGUUGUCUUCUCCACUCCGACAAAGAGAGACUUGCCCAGAACACCCGAACAGGGCUGCACUGAACACUUUUCAACUCUUCUCACCAGCAACUCCUCAGAGACCACAAGACCUGACAGUGAUUGUUUUGUGGCUUUGUAUGAAGUUACGCAAUAUCGUAAAAGUCCACAGUCUUUGACUUCAUUAAGCUAUAUGUUCUUCUCUUGGAUUGUAAAACCUAGAGUUUGUUAUCUCUGUGUCCGCCAAGAUAGAUUUUCUGUUCUAGACUUUCACUGACCAGCUGAGAGGAAACUCAUAACAGCAGAUACACGUCAGUCAGACACAAAGAGGAAGAUGCCAUGGUGUGUGUGAACUGUCUUGCCUGGACUGGCCAAGUGCUGUGUGUGUGUGUGUGUGUGUGUGUGUGUGUACCUCUGUUGUAUUGAUAAAGCUACUGAUGUGUCUUUCCAGUCUUUCCUUUCCAUGUCAAGUGGCUUAAAGGGGAAGUCUGUUUGUUUUGAAGGCUGUGUUUGUUUGUUUGUUUGUUUGUUUGUUGUGUGUAUCAUUGCUUUUCUGCUGCAGGUGAAAAAUAGUGGGAACACCUCCACAACAUCUGGCCUCACAUCAACCUGCAUUCAGACACAAUCUGGGUUUUGCUUUCCAUUUAAAUAUUCAAAAGUAAAAUAAAAUUCUGGUGUAUUUGAACCUAUCUCACUAUCUUCAGUGUGACACAUAUUUUAUAAUCCUCUUAUGCUGCUAGGGUUUUUUGUACUAAAUAUACAUUCUAUAUUUUACAUACUUUUGUACAGAUUACUAUCAUAUAUUAUUAGAUAAUGUAUUGUACAUAAAGAGAGUGUUGAAAAUAAGUGAUUUAAGCUUGAUUUGUUUACUUACUACACACAGUACACAUCUAAUUUAUACUUUGCUUUGUUUUUAUAUUUGUAUUCUAAAAGUAUCUGUUACGUUAGUGGUACUAAUGCCCCAACUCUAAAGAAAUAUCUCAAAUAAUUUGUCAUAAAUUUGUGUGAUAGAUGCACAUGUCGUUUUUAUUUGUUGUUGCAAGAAAGCAAGUACCUUAAGAUUAAGAAUGUUUCACAUUUAUUUAAGUUAAUUUCUUAACAUUUUAACAUCUUAUAUAUUGAUUGGCUUCUUAUUCUCGAGACUGAAACCAAAGAGUGAGUAAAGACGUCAUCGUGUUCUCUGUAUUGACACGAAUUAAGACAAUGAGGGGAAGAUAAGCCGAACGCGUUACAUUUAAAGAAUAUUUGUUCAUAGUUGACGUAGAGAUGUUCAUAUUUCUUUUGAAGAGCAUUAUUUUAAUAUGUAAAGUGUGCCUAUAUAUUAUUUUUCUUAAAAAAGAAG